AUGAGGCCGGCCAGCUUCUGGCUCCAGAGGGAGCGGAGGGAUCCCGGUGCCGUGGGAUCGCCGUGCCGUGUCUCCUAUGGCGUGGGUGGAAUUUCCACCACUUGGCACAGCAACGAUGACGACGUGUACCGGGCCCCUCCGAUCGACCGCUCCAUCCUGCCCACCGCCCCGCGGGCUGCUCGGGAACCCAACAUAGACAGAAGCCGCCUCCCGAAAUCCCCCCCCUACACCGCCUUCCUGGGAAACCUGCCCUAUGACGUGACGGAAGAAUCCAUCAAGGAUUUCUUCAGAGGGCUCAACCUGCAGAUCAGUGCUGUGCGUUUGCCACGGGAGCCCACCAACCCGGAGAGGUUGAAAGGGUUUGGCUAUGCUGAGUUUGAAGACAUUGACUCCUUGUUCCAGGCGCUGAGCCUCAAUGAAGAGUCCCUAGGGAACAGAAGGAUACGAGUGGAUGUUGCCGAUCAAGCUCAGGAUAAAGAUCGGGACGAUCGCUGCUUUGGCCGAGAUCGGGAUCGCUUCCGGGACUCGGAGAGGUUCGAGAGCGACUGGAGGGCCCGUCCCGCCGCCACCGAUAGCUUUGAUGAUUACCCACCCCGCAGGGGUGACGACAGCUUCGGAGACAGGUACCGGGAUCGCUACGACGAUCGGUAUCGUGAUGGGCCGCGGAGGGAUAUGGACCGUGGCUUCGGUGGCAGGGAUCGCUACGAUGACCGCAGCAGAGACUAUGACCGAGGCUACGAUUCCAGGAUAGGCAGUGGCAGGAGGGCCUUUGGCAGUGGGUAUCGCCGGGAUGAUGACUACCGAGGGUGUGGUGACCGCUACGAGGACCGCUACGACCGGCGGGAUGACCGAAUGGAUAGGUGGAACUCUCGGGAUGAUUACGGCCGGGAUGAUUUCCGCCGUGACGACAGAGGUCCCACUCAGAGGCCGAAGCUGAACCUGAAGCCCCGGAGCGCGCCCAAGGAGGAGGAGACCUCCGUGGCCCCUGCGCCCCAAUCCAGCCGGGCUGCCUCCAGACAUCUGCAGGACGAUAAGAGGAUAGAAAGACGACCCCGAGAGAGGCAUCCCAGCUGGCGAAGCGAGGAGAACCAGGAGCGAUCGCGAACGGGGAGCGAGUCCUCGCAGACUGGCAAAUCGGGACCCGUGGGAACUGGCCCGACAGGCAGGACCACGCGAAGGCGGGAGAGCGAGAAGUCUUUGGAGAACGAGACGUUCACCAAGGAGGAUGAUGCCCCUUCUCCCACCUCCAAGCCGAAAGAGGAGAAGCAGCCCCUGAAGGUGAUGCCUGCGCCCCCGCCCAAGGAGAAUGCCUGGGUGAAGCGAAGCAGCAACCCCCCUGCCCGUUCGCAGAGCUCGGAUUCGGAGCAGCACUCCCCUACGAGCGGCAGCCAGACGGCACCCAGCCUGCCCUUGGAAGACGGGGCACCCCCGAAGAACGCCCACAGGAAAG